AUGAACGCAUUUCAAACGAGAGGUUACUUACUUAUUUCAGGUGAAGAAAAUUAUGGUGGAACUUCUGUAGUAAGAAAGUAUAAAAAAGAUAAAUUGUUUUAUGCUAUUAAAGAAAUCAAAGACGAUUCAGAUUAUCCUAUGGAAAAAAUUGAUAAUGAAAUUAGUAUUAUGCUUAGUUUAAAACAUCCAAAUAUUAUUGAAUUAAAAGAAUGGUUUAUUUCGCAAAAUGAAAUGAAUGUAUAUAAAUGUCUUGUAAUGGAGUGGUGUGAAGAUUCAUUACAACAUUAUGUUAAUAGGAAUUCUUAUGGAUUAUCUAUUGAUGAAAUGCAUUUUUUUGUAUCUGAUAUGAUGAAUGCUCUAAAAUAUUUAGUACUAGAGAAAAAAAUACUACAUAGAGACCUUAAACUUGCAAACUUUCUUUUAAAACGGUCAAAAGAAUAUCCAUUUCCUAUUGUAAAAUUAUGUGACUUUGGUAGUGCAAUUUCCAUUACUCCCAAAAUUUCAGGUUCAUUUUCUUCUCUUUUAUUUUCUGCACCAGAAGUUAAUAAAGAAGAAUAUACAUCCAAAAUUGAUAUUUGGUCUUUAGGGUGUUGUAUAUAUUGGAUGGCUACAGGACAUCCUAUUUAUCCAAUUGAUGAUGUUAAUGAAUUUCAUACUUCAUUAGAGAAAGAAGAACCAAUUCAAUUUAAUGAAAUACCUGAUGGAUCAUUAAAAUCAAUGUUAACACAAAUGCUAGUUUUUGAUUCCGAACAAAGAAUAUCAUGGGAAAAAUUAUUUAAUACACUAUUUGUAGAAGAAUGUCAUAAAGAGAAAAUAGAUGUUGAAGGAAGUAAAGAAAAUUAUCAAAUUAUUAAUGAAUUAGGAAAAGGGUCAUUUGGAAGUGUUGUAAAAGCAUGGGAUAAAAGAAAUCAAAAAUAUGUAGCAAUUAAAAAAAUUUAUAGAAAUGAUAUUGACAAUAGUUUGUUAAAACAAAUGGCAAUGAAAGAAAUUAGAAUUAUGAAACUUUUUCAUCAUCCAAAUAUAUGUGCCUUUUUUGAUUAUUAUGUAGAUGUACAAUGUUAUCUUGUUAUGGAAUAUUGUGACUCAGGAGAUAUACAACAAUUGAUUGAUAUUAGAAGAAGACAAGGAGCUAAUCCAUUAUUAUCAAAUGAAGAAAUAUUUUCUUUUACAAAUGAUAUUUUAAAUGGAAUUAAAUACCUUCAUGUUGAAAAACAUUUUGCACAUAGAGACAUUAAACCAUCAAAUAUUCUCUUAGCACAUUCUCUGAUUAGUAAAUACCCAGUCGUAAAAAUAUCUGAUUUAGGACUAACAAAAAGAGAUAAUUAUAUUGAUCCUUUAAGAACUAAUGCAGGUACUCCUGCAUAUAUGGCACCUGAAAUUCAUAACGGUAAUUAUACAUAUCAAUCAGAUUUAUGGAGUAUUGGAUGUGUAAUUUACUAUAUGUGUACAGGCUCAUUAAUUUUCCCAAAGAAUAAUUUUAGAUUAUUCUUUAGUGAAAAACGUUUACCUCCAUUUGGUUCAUUAAAAGUAAAACCAAGCAUUAUUGACCUAAUGAAACAUUUAAUUGUUUAUGAUGUUAAUAAACGAUGGGGAUGGAAAGAAAUUGAAACAUCUCCCUUUAUGUAUGAAUAUAAUGGAGAAAAUGUUAAAUUGAUACAUCAAAUUGAAGAAGAAGCUCAAGUAGAAGAUGAUAUGGUUAAAGAUGGAAAAAAUACUAUUGAAAUAGUGACAAAAAUGAAAAUGAAUAUCAAACAAAUGUCAGUAGAAGAAAUGAUGGGUGUGUUAUAUACUAUUGGUAAGUUAUGUAAUAUUUCUAUUGAAGAAUCACCCUGUGAUAUUAAUGUAAAUGUUCAUCCUAUAAUGACAUUAUUUGAAUGUACUAGAGAUAUAACGUUUGAGGCAUUAAAUAUGAUGGAAACUUGUCCAACUGACAAAGACUGGAAAUUAUUAUUAAACUACUCUCGAAGUAUGUUUCGAGUUCUUAAUAAAUUACUUCCUUCAACAGAACAAAAAUAUAUCCACCAAAGUUUGUUUUCUUUUCUUUACAUUAUUAAAUACUAAAAAAA